AUGCAGCCACAUUCGGAUCUUGUACGAAUCAACACAAUUAAAGAAAAACAUCCGAACCUAACCCAAACCCCAUCAAACAGUGGGAAUGAGCUCCCCUCGUACGUGAGCGAACGCAAAGUUGGUGAUCUCUCCGUGAGCAGGGAAGACAUCCAACGUGAAAGCAGGAAUGAUACCCCUGGUGGAGAUGCCAUUUCGGACAGUCUCGCACAGCUUGCAAAGGUUCCGUUCGAUUUGAAACAAUGGAUUAACGCUGCGCUCACCGGCCUUAGCGAGAAUGACAAAACAAAGAUCGAUAGCACCAAUAUAUGCGAGAAUAACAAAUCAUCUAACAAAGGAGUUGAUGCGUCAAAUUUUAUGAUUCGGAGCGAGGGUCUUAUCGACAGGCUCAUCACGCGCGUACAGUCCCACAUACAAGAUGUGGGGAGAUGUGUGGAUGAAAUGAUCUCUCAAACAGCCGUGCGUCUCCCACGUUCAAUUCUCGAGCUUUCACGUAUGAUAAAUGAGACUCAGGAAAUCACUAGCGUGUUGGAAGGUCUUCAAGGAACGGUGAAGCUUCCUAGAGGCAAUCUUUCCUCAUCCACGCGACCUUCCCUCGCUAUUGGGAGUGAAGAGUAUGUCCAACGGCUCCAUGAACUGAAGGAAACACAAACAAAGCUCAAAAGAUGCCUGAACGUGCUUUCAAAGGCGACCUCUGUGAACACUAACAUAGAGAAGAUCGACAAUGCUAUUGGGCGAUCCGCACUGCAGCGCUUUUCAGAUGCCCCUAUGGGGACUGCAGUGAACGAAUUAAGAAAAUCUUACACAGCUCUAACGAAGGUAAUCAACCUUAUUCGGCAAGUUCAGAAUGAUCUUCAGUAUUUGAGAAAAGUGGACCCAUCGUACGGUGAAAAGUAUCAGGUCGUACUUGAAAAAUACGAGGAAAUUCUUGAAAAAAUGCUUGAGCAUGAAUGUGUAGAGCGCCUGGUUGAACACCAAGCAGAAAGCGCUGUCGAAUUCUUUCAACCCUUGAAGAUGAUUGGCAGGAUGGAUGCCGUACUUACCAGUUACGUCAAGCGGGUAGGACAUUUACAUGCGGAACGCAUUCAGCAAAUGUUUUGUGUAAGUGAGGAAAAUGCAGAGCCCUCCAGUGUGAGUCCUAGUAGGGCGGCAGAGGUAAUACGGAAGCAGCUUGUACCUUCCAUAAACGUCUGUCUGGCCACAGAAUUCGACUUUCUUUGUGAUCUUGAAGAAAAAACAAUCACUUAUCAGUGCAAAAUAGACGCAGAAGGUAGCCUAGCAUUAUUUGAAGAUACAACUUCUCGUUUUGAUGUACCCGCUUCAAAUAUUAGUUUACAUUCUUCCGAGUAUGGGAGUAAAAAGGAGAUGGAUUCGAUAUUAUUGACAGACUUGACUCCCGCCAUGAACUACACAUCGAAUACAGCUUUUGUGGUGCAGGCGAUGGAGCAAAUUACUGGCAUUAUCAGUGAAGCUUUCAACAUCCCCAUGAUGCAACUUCUACAGCACAUCCCAUCAAAUAAGGAUCUGAUUGAUUGCUAUGAGGGGAUUAAACUGAUUAAAGUGUUAGCCAAUAAAACAGGUAUGGCAGGAAAAAGCCCUCCAAAUGAAGUUGCUGCUGCUGAUACCCUAGCACGAGUAGACGACCCCGCGGGCCCGCCUCCCUCAAACAUUUGUCUACGUGAACAAUACGCCGCACAGGCCUCUUUACAAGCCCUCCGCAAGUUUACAGUUGUCUUUCGAGAUUCCUCAUUGAUGAAGAUCUUCAGGGAUUUCACCGAUAUGCGGCUGCAUAUCUCCAUGGGCUUAAAGCCUCAGUAUCAGACGCCGGACGCACGUAGAUCCCUAAUAUGUGAUAGCGCUCGCCUCUCAAGGUUGUCUGAUGCGCUUGUAGGGAACCUACGCGACGUGCUUCGUUUUUUCCCAGAGGAGACUAUGCCGCUUUGUGUGAAAAGUUGGUACACGUCGCUGUUGAGUUUCUUCUUGAGCACAACGCCAACAGGUUCUGAGAUGGCAUUCACGAAACGAGGAGACACAAGUCAAGCUGUCUUAAGUCAACUGUAUUUCACGACAAAAGUCGUGAAACCUGCGCUUCUGACGUUGCAACGGGAUAUGGAGGCCUUUCUGACUUCCACUGAUGUGCGUGAGCUUUACGCAGAUAUGGCGGGCGCCCUGCUGCAGAUCCUGUCCACAGAGCUGUGGAAACCGAUCCUUACCGCGUCUGAAGUCUCCACGGUGGAGCUCCAAACCUCCUUAAAGCAUAUUAUCCUGGUGCCGGUCCUUGAAAAGACUUCGCAUUACACAGAGCUCCCUGUCUGGCGCCCGGUGCGACCUCCAGGUCUUGCGAAAGAGGGGGAAGGACAACAGCAGCUGCAGCGGUGGCUUCAUGCCGUGAACUUUAGCCCUGGCCAAGUGACACCGAGCGAGCCGGUGCGUGAUUUGGGGGAAGCAAUCUUGGAGAUCCCCCUGAAACUUGAGGCUCUGCGUGCCGCCUCGGUUGAUUUGCUAGGUAUUGAAGAGACAGGUGUCCUCCCUUUCAGCACGAUCGACGGCAUAGAUGAGCUCUUUUUCGAAGAGACAGAAUCAUGGCUUGAUGGUAUCGUCUAUGCGGCCGUGGAUGACUUUGUAAGAAAUAAAGUACUUCAGGUUAAGGUUGAGUUCGGCGAUUUGAAGAGCUGGACCGAAGGUGAAGCUGUGGCAGUCCCGGAGACCAGUGAAGAAGCUACAGAUGAACUCCUCAAGCAAGGUGUAUCGAUCGCAUUGCAGCAACUUUUGUCAGAUCUUGAUUAUAUGAAGAACGUUCUUUCUGCUGUCAGCGAUAAUCAUUUCGAUAACGUGGAGAACGUACUAGUAAAGCUGAACACAUUGCUUUCGACGUGUGAAACAUCAAAGAUGUUGAGAGGGAAGAUUUUUAAAGUGUGCGAACUAAUUAACGAAUAUUCGGAAUAG